UCCGCGAAUUCAGCGACAAUGUUCCGACCACUGCGUAUUUCGGUGCAAAUUGUGUAGAUCUUUGUAUCGAAUACUUUAUUUUGUUAUUGUUUUCAUUUUCUUUCAUUUAUUGAUUCUUUAUGGAAUUUUACCAACUGUCUUUGCCUUUAUUGUUCUUUUACAUCUCAGAAUUAUUCUUACUACAUGACUUCAGUUGAGCGUUGCUCUCGGAAGUUAACCUGUUCGUAAACGCAGAAAAGAACGCAAAAUUUGCUGCAUCAUAAUUAUAGAUUUCACGUUGAUACCUAAUCAUAAACAAUGAGUUCUACUAAGAUUGAAUUUGAUGUGCAAAUGACAUGUCAAAAAUGUGUCAAUGCUGUAAAAGGUGCUUUGUCUAAACUUGAUGGAGUUAAUGACUUGGAAAUAUCUUUGGAACAAGGUUCUGUUGUUGUUGAUACAAAUUUAUCCUUCUCAGAAAUUCAAGAAGUCAUAGAAAGCACUGGUAGAAAAGCUGUUCUCAAAGGUUAUGGGGAAAAUGACAACAAUGCAGUAUCAAUGUUAGGAGGAAACUCUGGCUACAGCUUUGGAGAAUUAAUAAAAGGAGUAGUUAGAUUUGUACAAACAAAAGAUGGAUGUAUAGUAGAUGGUGCUAUUGAUGGUUUAACUGCUGGGCCCCAUGGGCUUCACAUUCAUGAAUGUGGUGAUAUUUCACAAGGAUGUGAAAGUGUAGGUGAUCAUUUUAAUCCUAACAAUUCACCUCAUGGAGGACCAAAUGAUCCACCUUCUCGGAGGCAUGUUGGUGAUUUGGGAAAUGUAGUAGCAGAUAAGACAGGGAAAGUAACAUUCAAAAUAUUAGAUAAUAUGUUAAAAGUGCAGGAUAUUAUUGGAAGAUCUCUAGUAGUUACAGAAAAGGAAGAUGAUCUUGGAAAAGGCAAAUUUCCUGAAUCCAAAAUAAAUGGAAACAGUGGAAAAAGAUUAGCUUGUGGUAUAAUAGCAAGAUCAUCUGGAUUAUUUCAAAAUACAAAAAAAAUUUGUGCAUGUGAUGGGCUCACAUUAUGGGAUGAAAGGAACAAAAGCAUUACUAGUCAGAAAAAUGCAGAUAGUAAUUUGUUAUCCAACAAUGCUUGAGUAUUUGGAUGACAUGAAAAGAAAUUUCCAAAGAGGCAGGAUAAAAUUUUUGAAUGAGACCACUAAAAUCAUUCCAUGAAGAAUUAUUUUUUUUAUGUGUGAAAAGAAAAUGUAGAAGUUAUGCAGUAACAAUAAG